CACACACACACACACCUGCAGCAGCCGGUCGGGAGCGUGCGUCAUGUUCAACGUCGCUCACCAGGGAAAGUACGUCCCCACGCGCCCCGCGCUCACCGACGACCCCACGUUAACCGUCCAGACCGUCAACGUCUCCAAGUCCGCGGACGCACCGGAGGCGACGUGGCCGCCGCCGGGAGCCAGGAUGCGGAUCUCCAAGGCCAACAAGGGCGCGGCGGUGGUGCGAGCGCUCCGGCGGCACACGUCGCCUCCGCCGGCCAGCCUGGAGAGCCUGGAGGCGGCCUGGAGCGAGAGAGGCGCGAGAGAGGAGACACCGGAGAGGAGAGACUGCGAGGGGGAGGCUCCGGGGAGCGGAGCGGAGGGCCACGGAGGAGGGCCACCGAGGAGCCGGAAGAGGGGCUUCAGACCCCCCGAUGUGAGGACCAUCUUCUCCCCCGAGGAGAGGGACCCCAGGGUGAAGCAGGAGUCCGGGGAGGGACACACCUUCCAGGCCGGGGCGGAGGACACCUGGUGUGACGCCUGCUGCCAGUACAUCUUCCAGCCUGGACUCACCUGUGCAGGGUGUAAAUACACGUGUCACGCUACGUGUCGGGACAGAGUGUCACUGGACUGUCAACCUGCAGCGUCGCACAUCAGCCAGGAUCAGCUCAACAACAACACACAGCUGCAUGAUGUUGAGAAGGAGAGAGAGUUGCGGACGGAGUUCAGCAGAGAGGAAAUCAGGCAGAAGAUCGAGCAGUACAACGGUCUGACCACAGACCACCUUAAAAUGACGCAGAGGUCCUCUGGUGUGUACACCGGUUUCGUCAAAGUCCAGAUGGACUUGCGGAGGCCGGUGACGGUGCGGGGGGGUCAGAGAGGAGCAGGAGGAGCAGGAGGAGCCGUGGUGGAGGAGGCUUUUUAUCUGCCGCGCGGUGUCAUCAACACCCUCCACAUCAGCUCCAAUAACACAGUCCGCCAGGUGAUCGUCGCCCUUUUGAACAAGUUCACGGUCGCAGACAACCCGGCAAAAUACGCCCUGUACAAACGCUACCGCAGAGAGGAGCAGGUGUACGUGUGUAAGCUGGCGGAUGGCGAGCAGCCGCUGUUUCUUCGUCUGGUGGCGGGACCUGACACUGACACGCUCAGCUUCGUACUGAGGGAACAACAAACCGGAGAAGUCAUGUGGGACGCCUUCUCCAUCCCCGAGCUGCGGAACUUCUUGCGGAUCCUCGACAAGGAGGAGGAGGAGCAGAGGGAGGCGGUAAUGCGCCGCUAUGAGUCCUAUCGCCAGAGACUGCAGGAGGCGGUGAGGGAGGUCCGAGGGCCUUCUUAGAGGAUCUAACCUCCGCAAAACAGGACUACUGCCCCCUAGAGGGACGGAGGAGGUGAUUUUCUUUCCUCAGAGGAGACAAAUUGUGUAAAUGUUGAUGGAGAGAGGGACGUGAACGCAGAAUAAGAAAAGGAGGAUACAGCAAUUGAAGCACGAGACGAUACAGACAGAAAGAGGGAUAAUAAAAGACGAUAAUACUGAGAGACAGCAGGUGAAGGACAAGCGAACAAAGGGAUGACCGGACAGAAAUCGGACGGACGAUGCUGGAGUUUGAUUCCCACUCGGUUAAAGACUUGAAACUCGCUGCCUGCUCUGCUCCGUCUGCCUGCAAACACCAAAGAUUCACAGAUUUGUGCCAUAUUCAUUCAUCCUCUCCCUCUCUCCGUCCAUCCCUCUGUCUUUCACCUCUCUCUCUGUCCUGCUGUCACAUGUUUUGCAGUUUAUCUGUCUCCUUUGUUUCUCCCCCAGUUUUUAAUCCUCUUUUGAAUUUGUGAACGACUCGAGGCCAUAUGUUGAGUCAGAGUUUUAUUUAAUUUGUUUUAGAGGUCUGUACAUAUUUUUUUUCUUCUUAAUUUAUAUGGGUGAAGCUUUUUAUUGUUUUUCUUUUUAAAACAAAGUCUUAUUUUAGUUUAUUCUACAGAGGCGGAGAAACAGCUCGAACACAGAAACACAGAGAAUAGUUUAUCCAGACUUCUACAAGAGGUAAACACACAAACAACACGAGCAUCAAAAAGAUAGAAGGUGUAAAGUCACAAACAGGCCCAGAAGCUGUAUAAUGACCUAAUAUCACUUUACUGUUCGAUCUCUGUCUUUGAUGGGUUUUGCUUAAAUGAUGAUGACAGUGAAAGACAAAGGAACAAGUCGCUAUGAAUGGAGUCUUGAGUGUGCCAAAGAUUUAUUCAGUUAUAAUCUAAACGGUUUUUAUCGUGUUUCACUUUAUUUAUGUUAUAAUCACAGAAAUAUGACAAACAUUAAAUAUGAAACGGGCUAUAUUUAAAACAACCAUGACUUUUGGCACACUUGAGAUUCAGACACUUUACGACUGUGGUGACGGAAAGGUUUGAAUAAGUCGAGAGAAUAUAACGAGUGUCAGAUCGAGGCUUGGACAGGAAGUCGUCAAACGUCGGUUGCAGUAGAAACGUUUGUUGUUGAGGGUGAAGCCGACGGGGAUGAACUGGUUGGAUUUAAAGUUUUCACCAACAGAGUUUGAGCUGAAGUGAACUGAUGUGAUUUGGAGAGGUGUGACCUCUGACCUCUGUACGGUCAGAGGAGCGACGAUUGAACGGUUUCUGGAAGUUGACUGAAUGGUUUAGAGGAAGUAGAAAAACAGACAUUAGAUGGAGGAAGGAGGAAACAAAGACAGAACAGGAUAGGUUUCGUUGCCGGAGGAGGUAAUUCUAGAGAAGGAUUGUUUGUAAAAGCUGUAACCUUGAGAACAAUGAUGGCGUUCUCCUCACAUAUUAGUCCUUGUUUUUUUUUUGCAUAUAUGAAACCUCGUGUAAUCCACGGCUGAGAGAGAAGCAGGUCUGUAGGUGCAGAUCGCUGCAGUGGACAGGGAGCAUUGUGCUUCUCUUUUCUUUUCUUAUCUCAAGUUGAAACAUGCAGCCGCGACCUCCACUGAACCCAGACCUCCGCUUUAUGUCUGGUGGAUAAAAGGGAGAAACAUUACAGAGGAACACAAGGAAAGGAAGGAAGAACGUCAGAAGAGGAGGAAUAUGGAGAAGAGGAUAAGAUUUAAGAUAAACGUGCUGAAGAAAUGUUCAGAGUUGAAGCUUUUUUUUUUGUGCAGUUUGGUUCUUUCAAAGUCACAAAAGCCUUUUCAUGCUGAUGCAAGUAAAUAGCUGCCUUAAAUUUAUAUAUAUAUAUGCAAAUGUCCUCUUUGGUUUAUGGGAUCUAUCAUUUAUGACAUAUUGACCAGAGAGGAUUGUUUCUAGUGUAGUUUUGUAAAAGCUUUCGUGUAUUUUCGCUUUUAGAUCCAGCGUUUUAUUCUAGAAUUUCAGGAAAAGACUGAAAUCAUGAAGACAAUCAUUUGACUGCAAAUCCAAACCUGUUAAGAAUCAUGGGAAUGAAUGAAAACAGGUGAAAUGCUUGUUCCAGCUGCAGGUACUGAAUGAAGUCAGACUGACGGUGCUGUGGUUCUGUUGUACAAUACCGCCGUCCAGUGGACAAACUAACUACUACUCUCUCAUCUCUGUGUCAAACGCAUUGAUCAUAGAUUUUUAUUUUAAUUUGUUGUUGUUGUUGUUUUAACCAAAGAUAUUUUCGUGGUGUUGCCUGGAGCAAAAAUAUAUUAGAGGCUUCGUCUCACUGGAGAGAAAAACAUAUUUAGUGUAGAGUUUUAUUUAAAGGGUUUUAAAACCUGAUUUAUUUACUAUCAAACACUGGGUUAAACGUAUGGAGGCAAAAAGGGGCCAUAAAGAGUUUACUGUCAGAAGCUGUGUUAUUAUACCUAAUAUUACUACUCCGCCAAUUUAAUAAUAGAAGUGUUUAUUAAGUCAUUUAAAACAAGCAGUAUCACUUUGGGAAACAGAAUAUGUAGAUGAGAAAUUCAACCCUAACUUCAAAUUUAAUUUUGUGCUUCGUAGAAAUGACAAAACAUAAAAAAUUAGGUGUUGAUCAAACUACUUUGGGCUCUUUUUGCCUCCAUAUAGUAAAAAUUUAAAGUGAUACACACGUCUGCAUCUUUAAGCCAUGUUGUUGCUGUAUCAAUAUUUAUAUUUAAUUUUUUGGGGCACUUUACCUUUAAAUUCAGGGAAGACAGGUUUUUAUUUUACUUUAUUUUUCUCCCAGUUUAAUCCUCAAACCCUCCGCUGUCACUCUCUGUGCGUAACAUCUAAUACUCUGUCAUCUUCAUUUGGAAGAUGUUGUUAAGCUCUACUUAUAACUAUGUGUUUUUUUUAUUUUAUCAUAUGGAAGUAAAGUGGCAGAAGAAGUUUAAUUCAGUUUUAUUUUCCUGUAUGUUUUGUUCUGUUUCAGCUGUAGACUGUGAAACGUUUGGUUGAAUCUCGGCUCUCGAACCUUUGUCCUUUUGUACGUGAUAAAUGUUUUCGCCACUGGGCUGUUUGACGAUUAAGCUUCUGAAUUAUCGAGUAUAGAAGCAGCCGGACGACAUUUGGAAAAUAGUUUGAACACAAAUACUAUUUUUCAAACGCUGUCAAAUCUGCUGCUUCUUUAAAUUCAGCUUGUUGAUCAGUUAAUGUUUCACAGAAUGCCAAAGACCUGUGUCGCUGUUCUGCCACUUAUUUUAUCUUUUAUUUUUUUAUCGUCCACUGAUUCUGUUGUUUUAUUUCUGUGCACGGGAUGAGAGAUAACACGGUGGACGCUCUGUGGCUCAUCAGGUUUAUCUCACACGAUCAGUUUCUUAAAAAAAUAUCUAAUAAAAAACACACACAGGUUUUUAAAUUUCAGACCUGAGCUGAAAAAUCCAGAAUCGAUAUCAAACAGGAUGAAGAGAAGCUCCUGUGUUAAUCACGAUGAAUUGAGUUUCUAAUCCUCGUUCACUCAUGAUUCAAGUUAUUUAUUUACAGAUUUCGUUUUUGAGUUCAGUCUGAAAUCCGUGAGCUCAGCGGUGCCUUUCCUUAAAGCAGCAGAGAAAUGAUGCUCCUUGUUAAACUGAGGCAGGUUUUGUGUUUGUAGGUGUCUCUCUCUUUUUUUCUCUUGGAAUCAAACGUGGCCUUUCCCUCACACACGGAGGUCGGGCUGCUUCUAUUAAAGGUGAAAUUAAAACUCA